AUGGCGGCCGAAGCGAGUACAGAUGCGUUCAAAACUGAGACAGAUGUCGUUAUUCCCGGACUGGGAGACUUGCCUGUUUCUGGAAACCAAACUUUAAAACGAGAUCAACCUUCAGGAGAAGAAAGUGUUCGUUAAGGAGCUGUAGAAAGUGGCGAUGAAGUCAUGAAAGAAGAGCCAGAUUCGGGGACGCCGCCACCGAAAAAGAAACGGCGACCGAAUAGAAGAAGAGGUAGUAAUCUUAGUGGCCUUGUUCAGAGAGGGCCUAAAAACGCCUUAAUGCAACUUAACGAGAUACGACCUGGUUUGAAUUAUGAAGUCACCUCACAAGAAGGUCCCACACAUUGUCCUACGUUUGUAGUGACGGUUGUUGUAGAUGGACACACAUUCGAAGGAAAGGGCUCCUCGAAACAGAAAGCGAAACACAAUGCUGCUGAAAAUGCUUUGGGUUCUUUUAUUACUCAGAUGCGUACGCCAGCUAAACAGCUGCGUGCAGAAAGCCAGGAGCAAGCUGGUCUUGCCUCUGUUUCCGAUUUUACCUCGGAUAACACUGGAACGCUCAUGAAAACCUUUGGAAAUGGCGACCAGCCCAUGCCAGAGAGCGAAACUGAGCGUCCAGCAGCUGAUGUAUCUAUGCCAUCAAGCAGAACCAAAGCUCCCCAGAUGCAAACUGAUACAGGGAAACAUCCAGUAAUGCUGUUGAACGAAUUUCAUCCUGGCACCCAGUAUGAAUUCCUUGGCGAGGAGGGUGAUCAAAAUGCCAAACAGUUCAAGUUUAAAGUCACUGUUGAUGGACAGGAAUUUAUUGGCAUGGGUGGCAGUAAAAAGAAAGGCAAAGCGAACGUUGCUUCCAAAGCUCUCUUUGCACUGCACAGCAUCCGCACAUUUUACACCUUCACUGGACAAUCCGAAGCCAGAUAUCAACCAACAUACUUGGGACCUCCACCCUCCGCACAAUUAGAUCCACUAGCUGCAGAUCUAAUUGCCGAGGCUGUGUUAACAAAGUUUCAGAGUCUGCAGUCAGCAGCAGGACAGGAGCCAAUUCGGCGAAAAGUUUUGGCUGGAGUUGUAAUGACAAGCCGGGGAGACAGUUCUCAAAAAUUCGAAGUGAUAAGUCUGGGUACAGGGACUAAGUUUAUAAGUGGAGAGUACAUAAGCGAUCAAGGACUAGCCUUGAAUGAUUGCCAUGGAGAAAUCAUUGCAAGAAGAUCGUUUCUGCGCUUCUUGUUCUCUCAGUUGGAACUAUGCGCUGAAGGAUAUGAGGAAGAGUCCAUUUUUGAGAAAAAAGAGAGUGGUUUGUAUGGCUUAAGAGAUUAUGUUGAAUUCCACUUGUAUAUCAACACCUCACCAUGUGGUGAUGCACGUAUCUUUUCUCCGCACGAGCAAGUUUCUGGUGAAGGUGAUAAACAUCCAGGAAGGAAAAAGAGAGGCCUUCUUCGGGUGAAGCUGGAAAAUGGUGAAGGUUUGUUAACUUCUUUAUGCUGUGUUAAAUUUUGACAUAACAUUUAGAGAUGGCUACACCUUGCGAUAAAGCUGCUGAGACAGUUCAGUCUGUUUUCUAACCUUUACGCUAUAGUACCCUUUCCUCUAAACAGUGAAAAAUAAGCCCACCCAUAUUCAAUGAUGUUUUUAAUUCUUGUGUUUCUCUAAACAACAUUGGAUAAGGGGGAAGGGGGUGAGGGAAAGCACUUGUUUAUUUGGCAACAGUUUCUAUUUUUGCCAGGGUGACAGGAAAAAAAUAGGAAUUGUGUCUCAACAACACAUUUUGUCCGGAGCUGUAGCUAUUAUUUUCCACGACUCUUGGUAACAAGAUGAAAUACUCUCACUUUCCAAAAAUACUGCAAAAUGGUAAAUGAUUAUGAAACUACAAUAAGGGUAAAAGUCUCUUGGGCUUUAGUAUCAACACCACAAACCAAAUUCGAACGAAAAUUUAUUGUAACCAACACGCUUGGUACUUGAAAUCAGUUAAAUGUGUGGUACAAACAGUGUGGAUGCAAACAGCGUGGAUACAAACUGAGUGGAUACAAACUGAGUGGGUUGAAACUAAAACGAUAAAAGAGCGAAAACUUACAAGUUGCGACUAAGGAAAUAACAAAGACUGCAAAAAGCGAUGACUGUAAAAUACACUGACAUUGUUUCGACCAGAGAAAACUGCUGUGAAGCAGACUGCAAAUAAUGCAAUGAGACUUGUAAGAAUCAAAACAGAACUACGGUUAGUACAGACCAAAAAGAACUGAACAAAGUGUACUGCAGAACUACAAUAUAAAUUACGGUAGAAUAUGUGGAACAUACACAAAAGCAAACUAAAGAAGCUGACAAAAAAGAUGUUGAUGAAGAUGAAAGAUGUAAAGAGACACUAACGAGGGGUUGAAAAAUAACUCAAGAACUAAACACCAAAACUUGUGGAAAGAUACUACACAAAGGGUGACAAACUAUAAGCUUAAUAAAUUAAAGUAUGCAAUUAAAGCAAAAAUGAAUAAUAGAAAAAAUGUUACACUUGGAUCUUACAUGCUUGAUGGGAUUAACUCCUUGUACUCCUUGACAUAUUGUAAAUGUUGCGAUAUUCAAUUUUGUUUUGUAAAUAUAUUGUAAAUGUUGCGAUAUUCAAUUUUGUUUUGUAAAUAUAUUGUAAAUGUUGCGAUAUUCAAUUUUGUUUUGUAACAAUCCAGAGUCAAAUUUUUAGCCGAACUACAGAACUACUCUCAUUCUGUUUGUUUUAGCCAUAGAAACUAAGAAAAUACACAGCUGUUUCUGCUCUCUAGAUCUCGUGGACUUCAAUGACCGUCUCAUUUCAACUGCAGUAAAUGAAACAAACUAAAUGGUUUUGCUUUUAUAGCCGUCUGUAAAAAGUCAUAUGACACACAGAUUACACAAUACCACUGUGUAUCAAAAUAUCAGCCUUGAUCAGAUGCCAUGUGUAUGUUGUGGUUCAAUAUUAUUUUAUCCUUGUUUUAAAAUGUAUUUUUCAUUUAUUUCAUACUACCAUACCCCAAAACAAAGGAAAAUAAAUUUAACCAAGAACAAAUUGAACCGCAACAUAUACAUCCAAUAUUUUGUAAUAACUAUUAUUUUGUCAUGAAUUGGUUUCAAUAUCUAUGUAAAAUGCACAAUUUUUAAGACAUUUUCAAGAGAACUAAAACUCAAUAUGACAGAAACAAAAGAAUUACACCACAUUGUGGGGGAUAGACUACAGACCAAUAAAAUUAAAAAUAUAUAACUGUUGCAACCAAAAUGCUUGAUUGCUGAGUAGGGCUAAGUUGUUCAAAGCUGGGUUAAGAUACCCCAGGGUUAGUGUAAGAUUUGAAUUCAGAUUUGAAAGCUUAAAAAGCAUUUCAGUUUUAAUUCUUUUUGUCGACAAGUCGAUGAUUGGAAGCUCUAAAAAUAACAGAGAAAAUUAUCCGAGAAAAUGCUUUUGAACACAGGAAAAAGAAACCCGGGUUUAAUUUAACCACGGGUUAAGCGCUAAUCGGCCUUCAAACAACUGGGCCCAGGAGUUUGUAGGUCAAUUCCUAGACUCAGUCCAUUACUCAGGGGCUUAACUGAGAAAUGAUCUUCUGCCUUUGCCCUGCAAACGGCUAGACCUUUGCAAGGCUCAGAUGACCACAUAAAAUGGCAGUUCCGUCUCCAGUAGGAGAUGUAAAAACCAAGUCCUCAUAUUGUGCUAAGUACAUUGACAAUCNGGUCAAUUCCUAGACUCAGUCCAUUACUCAGGGGCUUAACUGAGAAAUGAUCUUCUGCCUUUGCCCUGCAAACGGCUAGACCUUUGCAAGGCUCAGAUGACCACAUAAAAUGGCAGUUCCGUCUCCAGUAGGAGAUGUAAAAACCAAGUCCUCAUAUUGUGCUAAGUACAUUGACAAUCAAAUAAGGAUCAUUUUUCUCCCACUAAAACCUGCUGCAGAAUACAGUCAGCUCUUGCCUUGCGGACACCCCACUAUAUAAUACGGACAGCCGCUACAUCCGCCGCAAAAAUAAAACGGAUGAUUGACUGAAAUAAACUCUCCCUAUUACAGGCUCUUGCUAAUGAGGACACUAACUCAGGGUUCCUGUGGUGUCCGCUAUAAAGGGAGGUGACUGUACUGUAGGAGGAGCUCCCCAUGAUGAAAUUCAAACUCAGGGUGAUUGGACGAUGUACUUACGUACAUACACAACCUUUAUUUUACUCUGAAAUUUUAGAGGAACUUACAGGAGCUAAUAUCUUUGAGGAAAAAUACAUAAAAUACAUUUCAUAACAUAUGCAAAGAUUUUUGUAAUUCUUUUUGAAGACAUGAAUUCAGGGCUGUCAGUAAGAGGUAGGGGCCAGGGACUUCCCCCGGCUGCCAUGAAUGUGUCCCCCGGAUACUUUCAUAGCAAAAUAGAAGAAAAGUUUCCCAGCUGUUUUAUUCCCCGCCUACUUGUUGCAUUUACCCGGCAACUUGAAAUCUUAGUGACAUCCCUGUGAAUUAGGACAACAUUUCACAACAUGUUUGCAGUUGUUAUUUUCAAUCACCAAGAGUUUCUUCUUAGUUUUCUUUUUUCUUUUUCUGACAGGUACAAUUCCAGCCUUCAAUGGAGGCACAACCAUUCAGACAUGGGAUGGUGUCCUUCAGGGAGAACGUCUGCGGACUAUGUCUUGUUCAGACAAACUGUGUCGAUGGAAUGUCAUCGGAGUGCAAGGAUCCCUCCUUAGUCACUUCCUGGAGCCAGUGUAUCUUCAGUCAAUUGUUCUCGGCAGCUUGUAUCACUACGAACACAUGUCUAGAGCAAUGUAUCAGAGGCUUGGUGAUCUGGUGGGACUACCACCACUUUUCAAACAGAGCCGCCCUUUGAUGAAUGGUACUACAGCCCCAGAAGCGAGGAUAACGAUCAAAUCUCCAAAUACCAGUGUAAAUUGGAGUGAAGGUGAUGAAGGUUUUGAAUUGGUCAAUGCCAUAAGAGGAAAGGUAGGUGAGGUUCCAGUAGCCUCGCGACUUUGCAAACAGAAUCUGUUUAAACGGUUUAUAUCUCUCUGGAGGAAGCUCAAGCCUGCAGAACAGGUACCGCUCUCAUACCAUGAUGCAAAAGAAGGAGCGGUGGACUAUCAAUCAGCAAAAAUGAUUGUGAUGAAAGGAUUCCAUGGCCAAGGUCUUGGUUCAUGGAUCAGAAAACCUGUGGAACAAGACAUGUUUGAACUGUCAGAUGCAGCUCAGUGAUUAAACAGGAAAACACUUUUCUUUUUGGUAACAUAAUUUAGAAAGACAGUAUGUAAUGUAGAGUAUCAUGCAUGAAACCUUUUUUAACACAAUAAUGUCUAUGUUAGACAGCCGUUAUGUUAAAACUUUGUCAAACCAAAAAAAGUAAAGAGCAGACCAUUCCUUUUGUUGAGCUACCACCAAGUUGGAUAAUGUUAGGCUUGUAGCUACAUUGCCAAAAAAAAGAAACUGUAAAUUUUUUCAAGUUUUUAAAUUUUACCUGGGUUAUUUUUUAGAAUUCACAAUUUUCACUGUCGAUAAUGCACCUUGUUUACCCCCAAAACAGUACAUAACUAUUGUUUCCAAUUCCUCCAGGGUAUCACAGUCAUUACAAAGAAAUUGGAGACAGUGGUUAUGCAAAAUUUUGGGGGGUAAACAAGGUGCAUUAUGGUCUAUGUAAAAAUGGUAAACGGUGUCGUUAAAUUUUUGCUGUUGUUGUUUUUUGUUUCAUGCUUAAAGUAGCCAAAGUGGAAUCAAACAAACCCGCACAAGACUUACUAAUGGAAAGGUUGUGCUGUAAGAAAGAUUUUUAUCAGAGUUACCUGAAAACCUCUGCAAGGCACCGUGCAUCUUAUUUUAUACAAAACUGAGAUUUGUUAGAUUUCUUGAACGUCACCAGUGGGUGCAGCUAGAGUGCAUCCCUGCCUGUAUAAACUAUUACUCAAAUUAAUGUAAAUUUGCCUUUUGCUCAUGCUAGACUUUGUUCUCUCUUAAUUAUGGUACUUCUGUACAUGAGAAGUUAUCUAGUUCAAGAUAUCUUAUUUAUCAUAAGACAAACCAAUGCACAGACAUUGAAGUUGUUUGGUGUGUGCCAGAGCAAUAGCUUUCUAGUAGUCAAGUCCUGUAGCAGUCCCUUAGUAUUGUUGCAUAUUAAGAAAAGCAUAUUGAGUAGGCAAAAAAUGAAACUAUUCCUGCUGUUCCAUCUACAUUGUCUCUAAACCUGCCUUUGCUGCACUAGCUUGGCAUUUAACCGACUGAAUAGAAACUACUAGCAGACUACAACCUUCCUUUGCUCUUUCACUCCCAAAAGGUACCGAGUCAAAAUUGAGGAAAAAAUCGAGUUUUUGUUUUCAGUGCUGACAAACAAAGCAUACCAUGUAAAAGUGCUUGUGGAGAGGUUUGAUUUAAAUAGUAACAUCAUGGGAUUCGGUUGACAGGCUAAAAAGACAGAACUUUUUACUAAAUAAACAGUUCCACAGGAAAGUACUCGAACUAGCUUUCAUUUAAAUGGUCAAACAAUAAGAUUUCAUGCACAAACUUGGAAGUUAGAACAGCCUUGUACAACAUAGUAAGCAGCUCUACGGGAAAGUUCUGCUCGGUAGCUUUCAUUUGAAUGGUCACACUUCAGGAUUUCAACCAAAGACUCAAAAAUUAGAACUACCUCGUACAGCAUAAUAAACAGUACCACAGGAAAGUACAGCUCAGUAGCUUUCAUUUCAGUGGUCACAUGUAAGAAUUUUGGGACUGUGUUUAAUAUCUCUACCAUUGACUUUUGAGUGUGGAAGGGUUAACCCAGCUCAAAACAUUUUGACCCAAGAAACAAUCAUUAAGGAAAUUUCUUCUACCACUGUUCUUAAAAGUUAUAAGAAGACAAAAACACUUCCUUGCGUUAGUGCCCACGUCCCCAAUAAUAGCGAUAUUUCGUUUUACGUCACCUAUUGUUAUUAUUGUGCCAAACAAAGGAUCAUUGGCUAUUGAAACAAAAGUUUCUCUUGUCUCGGUGAUUGGCACGUGUGAUCGAAUAACAAAAAAUGAUGUUUACAAACAAAUAUUGCAAAAUUCUGGGAGUGGGGGCUAUUCUUAGGAAUCUUUGACGGUAGUUGUUACCUUUUACCUCUAAAUACCGUUGUAAAUACCUUCUUUUUGUUGUACUCUCAGGGGCGGAUCCAGGCUUUUUUUUAGGAGAGGGUGCACUCGUCUCUUGCUCUACUUCAACACCAAUAAACCACAUAGAUUUUAUUUGUUUUUGCACAAUGCCAGUUGUAUUAGAAAACCGCAGGUCAUCUCAGCGGGGGGUGGGGCGCACCCCCUGCACCCUCCCCCUAGAUCCGCCCCUGACUCUAGAGUUAUUUUUUUUGUGCAGUAAUGUUAAUUUAUCUUCACCCAAGAUUCCAAAUUCAUUGAAGCCUAUGAUACUUCCGUCUACAGUGUAAGGCAAAGGUGCUGGAGUUUUUAAGACUUAGUGCUUAAGGAAACUUUGCAAACACUAUUUGCUGAAAGAUAAUAGUGUGUAUUUAAACUCGUACAAGUUUUUUUCUGUAUCUUUAACGUAGUAAGCCUUAAAACGGCUGUAUGUGCUACAGUAAAAAUCCGCAAGUACUAAAAUAGAGCCUGUUAUUUUUGAGGGACCUGAUAGACUAAAAUUUGCCAGUUAGGCCCUCUCUAUACAAGAAGCUAUUUAGCCUAAAAUUUGAAACAGGUUCUUACUUUCUAAAUUCUCUAAAAUAUUUUGUACACUGUGGCAAAUAAGAUACGUCAACAUUCAGGAACCUCUUCAGAGACAGGUGAUAAGCUGAAGACGGCUAAAUAGUCUUAGCUACAAAGUAUUUUUUUCUCCAGAAAAUAAGACCCUAUUUAGUCUAUUUAAGAACGUAAAUUUGUGCUAAUGACCAUUUAUAAGAACCUCUUCAGGAUAAAUUGGGAAAAAUCAGGUUCUUUAUACUCGCGGAUUUUAACUGUACGCCUUGCAAAGAGUAGCGUAUGGAUUAGGAAAUCAUAGUUUGAAGUUUAGAAAUAUCUGCCGUUUCCCAUGAAUUUCUUUUAGUUGUAUAGGAACCCUAGCUGGUUUGAGUUGCCCGGCCUGUAUUCUGUAGUUAUGCCGCUUAGUUAUAAAUAUUUAUUGUAUAUUUCUGGUUGUUUGUAUGCGUUAUGAAGAUAUCGACGAGAUAAAUGUUCCAAAAC